AUGGCUAACAGGUAUAGCGGCGAUGACGAGCGACAACUGCUGGCCACCGUCGCGCCACUGACACAGGGACACACUCCCGCUGAGCAGCGGAAAUAUGGCAUUACAAGAGAGCCGUUGGAUGAUCUCAAGCAGUUAAGCUUUGAACCUGCAACGAAUGACAUACUUCCAUAUGAAGAAACGCGCCAUGUGCGAGUUCGGGCUAACCGCUACGAAUCACCAGACGUCUCCGGGGUUCCUUCUGCUGAACGACAGGGAAGGGCGCCGUAUGGCAAGCGCAUGACGAGCCACAGUAUGAUUGCUUGUCCAUCGCUUGUUCUGAUAUCCAUGACGAUAAUUUUAACCACGGUCGUGUUUGUUAGCAAGACCACACUCACCUCCACAUAUCGGAGCCCGUUCACUGCAAUGUUCAACAGCUCGCACGGAGAACUGGGCAGCAACUCAGUGAUACUAGACCUUCCUUCGAAUUUGACCAACACGUGCAAAAGAGCAUUGUGUAAAAGUGAUGCCGAUUACUUCAAGGAUCUCAUUUCGUGGGAAUUGGACCCGUGCGAUAACUUCUACCGUUUUGUAUGCCAACGAUGGAAAAGCCCACAUGUGGAAGAAGGAAGUGUAGCCAGAAGCGUUCACGGCGUGCACACUCAUCAACUUGAAAUUAAAGUACGCAACCUCCUCCUAGAUCCCGUCUCCGGAGACGAGUUUCAUCUAAUUAGAGCAGUGUACCACGAAUGCAUGAACAAACAGCAACACGAGAAGGAUGGCUGGACAUACCUGCAGGAGUUGUUAAGCCAAUCUGCGCUUCAAGGGUUUCCUUUUAGCACAACGGGAAGAAACACGUCGUCCGUUUGGCAGGUAGCUGCUAAGCUGUUGCGGAAUGCAGGAGUGGAAACUCUUUUGGCCCUUCAAACCAUCCGUCAUCCUUUCAAGUCGAACGAUAUUAUGUUAGCGAUCCAAGCAUCGAAACCAAUAUCACCCAACCCUAACAACAAGAAGGAAACAUCUCGCUUCUACAGCGACUGCUUCUAUGCAGCGUGGAUGGCCUUGAGAGAAGACUUGUACUCCCCAGAGGUUGCCCAGCAAGUGGUAGCCUUCGCAGUCACUUUGGAGUUCUUGUCCUUUAAUGCCACUCGCCAGUACUGCCCCUACCAGCCUGACACGUUAAAAGCGAAUCCGUAUUUGCUCGCGUUUCUUCUGGAAAUGUUUUCUUCAAAGGAACCACCUGUGUACAUCGGAAUGCAGACAGACGUGGUUCUACGAUGUCCAGACUACAUCGAACAUGUUGGUGUCCUGGUAACAAGCACCAAGCCGCACAUCGCACUAAAUUAUUUAGGCAUAAGGCUAAUGAUAGAAAUGUCUGCCUUCGCACCCAGUUCCGGUGGUCCUUUGAUGCGUUCCUUGGCAUACCAUCUUUACGGUCGGUCGUCCCCACCGAUACCACGCUGGAGGCUGUGCAUUCGAAUUAUAGAAUACGCUGCGCUGCCACUUUUCCUUCAUGCCGUGCGCCACGUUUACCUUGACUACGUAGCUGACAACUCGAUUCUACACUUCGUAAUGCGCAUUGUGUCACACUUGUACAAAGCAUUGAGUAGGGUGGCAAUUCUCGACGAGGAUGCCAAAUCAGCUGCACAGAAACUGCUGAAUCUAACACGAAUACACCUGUUCCAUCCAGCAUGGGUCUCUGACCGGCAGAAGCUACGGACGUACUCCUCGAGAUUAGCAAAUGCCGUGAAUGGGAAAGGAAUGACCCUCUUCUAUCGACUCCGUGCGUACCAUAUCAUGGUUUCUUUACAACAGGAUCCUGGUGACCACUGGCUUGGUUCCGCUUUCGAUAGGGAUUGUCACGUGACAGCACACGCGUUAUACGUCCCGGUGCUUAUGUUCAACUUCUCACGUUUCGAUCUGGAAUUCGACAAAAGCUUACGAUACCCAGGUGCAGGUUUCAAGAUCAUGCGUUGCUUGCUACAUACGCUUCUUCAUAAUUUGGGGACGCACCAGAAUGUCCGAAGUGCGUGGUGGCCGGAACUCAGCGAAUCACUGCUACGUAAUGCUGAGCUAUGUUUCUAUCGAUACGCUGCGACACACUGGACUCGCUUAACGCUGUUGGAGUCUACAGCUGCUCUGCAACCUUCUCUGGAGUUGUAUGCUGCAGUAAGUAGGCCAGCUACAUCGGCCAGAACGCUCACCGCAUUUGAUGAAGCACAUUUAUUUUUUGUAUACCACACACUUGGAUAUUGUGAGGAAGCGUCAGGCGGCAAUAGGACAGAGUCUGAUGACACUCCGAAUGAACUCGAAGCGAAUGUACCUCUUCUGAACAGUCGCACAUUCCAGGAGACGUAUUCGUGUGCAGUGGGAACUCGCAUGAAUCCCCUCAAUAAGUGUGUCAUCUGGAGACAAGGAUGA